AAUUUGUACACAAUUUAAGUGAUGUUGUAAUUAUGAGUUAAUUAAUUAAGUUAAUGAAUUGAUUGAAAAGACAUAAUAUGUUUAAAUGUCAGACAUAAUGAAUGUCAAUCUCAACGUAUAGUGCCUUUCAUUGACCGCAAACCUCAAUGUCUGACCGAUUGGUGUCCGCAAAGACAUCGGCGACGAUCACCGCCAAAGACGACGGUCAAGCGUUGACUUACGAGUCGAUAUUUGAGUCGUUUGUCCGCCAAAAGUCAUUCAAAUGUCAUUACGACGGAUGCGACAAAGGGUUCGCCACUCAAAGACGAUUGGAUUCGCAUAUAAGCCGCAGACAUGCCAUCGACGGCAGCGCACAGUCCGGGGAACAACACUCGGCACUCGAUGACAGACAACAGAUACCAACGAUCAAUACAACUGGCCCUUCAGUCUCUCAGACAAUAUUCAAAACCACUACUACUUCCAGUGCCGACAGUCAAUGGCUGGACAUUAAGUACAAUAAUGAUUCGGACUCUGAUAUCGCUAUCAUUGGUAGAGUUCCGGCGCCCAAACGGCCCGCACGUAACCGAUCGGCGAGUGAUGUAAAGGCGAAACCUCUGGUGCCGGACAUUAUCGAGAAUGCGACUGUUGUAGACAUUCAUGAGCUAAUACGGGACACGACUACAUCUCGGGCUCCGCCGCCGGUCGACUUCAAGUGCCCAUUCAUUGGUUGCGGAAAACAGUUUAAAACAAUGCGAGGAUUAGGUCUUCAUAAGAAUAAGUGUUUUCAGAGGCUGAGUGCCGGCCAACCGCCGCGGCCGUCGGCGCCCAUCAACACUACCACCACAUCGUCAACCAAUCGGUCCAAAGUGGACAUACAGUGUCGAGUUUGCGGCAAACGGUACAAAAAUGGACGAGCAAUUGGUCUCCACAUGAAGAAGUGUCGUCAGCAGCCGAGAGCCGGCCAACCGGCGCCCCCUUCAACGGCGCCCAUCAACACUACCACACCGUCAGCCCCGCCAAAGCGCAGCUACUCGUGCCCACACAUAGGGUGUGGGAAAUCGUUCACAAACCCGGGACUCAUGCACCGGCACAAGAAGUACCACUUUUAUUGCGCUAACGGCCCGCCGGCCCACCGUUGCCUCCGCCCGUCCUGUGGCCUAACAUUCAGAACCCGUAAACUAAUGUUUCAACACUUCAAUCAACACAUGAAGUCCGCCAAUAGGGGUGCCAAACGUCAGGCGCCGCCCGUUAACGCGCCCCCAAAGGCAGAGACCAACCAAUUGGCCAUUUGUUCACCAAUUGGUUACUUGUGUCCGCACGUGGGCUGCUAUCAAGGGUUUGCUGCUCAUCAGCUACUGUACGCACACAUACAGACCGUCCACAUCUCCGAGAGGGGUAAUAAUGUCUAA